AUGUCUGUCUUUGUCAGAAGAAUUGUACUUUUUUUACCUUUAGCUCCUCUGCGUCCGUUAAAAUUAAAGGUGUCUCAGUUGGAGAAGCAACCGCGCCGAUUCCCCUCGUCAAGAGAGGAUCCGAGGAGUACCCUUGGUCUGCCCUACGUAGUUCUCGAGUUGACAUGGGUUCGUCCAUCAGAAUUCGCCAACACCGAAGGCGCACUAAUCUAUCAGGUUAGUGCAAGGCCCAUAGUGCUACCGCUGGUGGCCACAGAAGCUCGUGUUCCAGAGAGUGGUGAAUAUGCUUCUGUGCUAGCCGCAAAGCGCGCUGGCGCGUGGGUUGAAGGGACUAAAAUUUUGGCAAAUGUUUCAACUGAAUCCUUUUCUUCCACAGAAGGAGAUGAUUUGGGCUUUGGCAUCACCUACGAAUUCCAAGUGGCCGUGGUCAAUUCAACUCUGAAUGGAAUUGUAGAGAGAAUCAAUGUUACUACCCCAGAAAGCUAUCCCUCUAGCUUUCCCCUAAAACUGCGAGUCCGUGGAAUCAGUCCUAGUGAGGUUGAAGUGACCUGGGAACCGCCUGCUUUGCACACACGGAAUGGACGUCUCACCAGCUAUCAGGUUCGCUACUAUGAAGACGGUGCAGAGAGUGAGACUGAACAACUCUUCGAUGUGCUUGUGCCGGAGCAAUUGAAGUACACGGCUAGGGAUCUUAAAACACAGACCUACUACCACUUUAUGGUGAGAGCUUUCACCAACAGUGGUCCCGGCCCGUGGACCCGAUCCAACACCUUCCAGACAACUGGGGAAAGGCCCCCACCGCCUAUUGAUGUGCAAGCGAUCCGGAUCAACCAACACCAAAUCAAGGUGACUUGGCGAAUGCCGGAGGUCGACACCUCAGCCACUCGACUUGCCUCCUCUCCUUACGCACGCACCAAUUACCGCCAUGCUGCGAUUCAGGGUUUUCAGAUCCUCUACGCUCCGAACGAUAGUCCUUAUGACUCCUCGGGAUGGACUACGUAUGAGGUGGGACCUUUCCAGAUGGCCAUCAUUUCUCACCUCCAAAGCAAGUCGCCCUACAUCAUCCGAGUCAAGUCUAAGGGUCCUGAUGGUCGCUACGGCGAGUGGAGUGAUCCACCCGCUGUUGCUCGAUCCACUAUGGCCACGUGGGGAACUGAUUACUCUGUGAGAGGUCUUCUAUGCAUUCCUGGGCUCACAAGUGCUAAGAUCACUUGGCAACGGCCUGAAAACACAAAAGGACUGGUUGGUUUUAAUAUACGAGCAUCUGGUUCGAAGGAGUAUGCCGAUGAAUCUGGUGUUAUACGGCGACAGACUUUCGAUCCACGAAGUGCUCGACAAGCCUUCUUCGAUGCUCAAGAUGGCUAUGACUACGUUGUCAAGGAUUUGGAGCCAAACACCAUCUAUGACAUUCAGGUCAAUGCUUACUAUGAAACUGGAAUGAAUCUUGAAAGCAACUGGGAGACCACAAGCUGUCACACUGAAAUGCAAAAACCAGAGAAAGUCGCUCCUCCUCUACCAAUUUCAGCCUUGGAGGAUCGGAAACAGGUUAACAUGAAAGUCUUUCGAGUUAGUGAACGACUUGGAAAAAUUCGCCAGUACUACAUGGUGGUUAGCCCUUGGCAUCUCACAACAGCUCCUUUGGAUAUGCUUAUGGUUGAUGAGAUAAUUGCAUCUUCACGGAAGUUGCCAUCUACAAAAACACGCUACAUUGCAGCCCGGUUUACACAAGACUACUUUGAACCAGCGGGAACAAGUUCUCGAGACUUCAUCCUUGGCGGAAGCAAUGGAAUCACCUCGCCCACCCUACCUCCUCCUCCCCCUCCUCCUCCUCCUCCGCCACCACCACCACCACCACCGUUCACCAUUGGUGCACAGCGUAGACGUCGCAGUUCUGCUGUCGUUCGGAGUAAAGUUUACUCCACAAACUCGCAACAAAAUUGGCUUCUUAACGACGCGGGCUCGGUGGAUGAGGCUUCGGUUGCAGCUGCCGCCUACUUAGACGCGGCUGUUGUAUUUGAUAACAAACCUCUUGAAGCUGGCCAAGUCUACUGUGCUCUGGUACUAGCAUGCACCUUUCAAGGCAAUGGAUCCACAAUGGACGGUUUUGGAACGUGUACGGCCUCCCCGUGGUCGCCUCCAUUUGCGACGGAUCCUUACCUGCCAGCCCUACUGGAAUUGAGGGCUCCAUCGGGUCAUUUGUCCCCCACUAUGGGCUCCACAAGUGACAGCUCCUUGGCAUUUGGCUCAACUGACCUCUACACUGUCUCAGUUGUGGCUGUCAUCCUUGGAGCUGCUGUGGUUACCACGAUUUGCACCGUCCUGGUUUGCAUUUUCAGACGACGCCGAAAGCCCAAGCUCUUGGCACGGCCAACGAAUCUGGAUCAGAGUCUGAAGCAGCCCCUAAUGAAUGUGGCAGAUGGUGUGACUUCCUCGCAAGCUCCGGCUGGAGCCUUUUACAACUGCGCUCCACCAAUUACGGGGACAAUUUGUGCUAAUAACGGAGCACUUUCCAUGUCUCCACCCGGCUACACGCAAUUAGUUGGAAUGCCUCCAACUUGUGUGACUUAUCAUAAUGGUACUCAGGAUCCCACAGUUGCGACGCAUAUCAACAGUUUUCCACGAAGCAGUUAUCCCUAUCGCUCUGAUUCAUCCUCGGGUCUGUCCGGUGGUGGCGGUGGUGGAAGUGGCACUCGACCACCUAUGGGAGCACUCUUUCCUUCUGUGAGUGAGGACAAUAAGGGUGAUCUAAUGGAUGGAAGCAGCGUCUCUUGUAGCGUUUAUCCUACCUCGCCACGACUUAAUGGUGGACUUUCAAGAUUGGGUGGUGGUGGACCCUACAACACCUUCAAUCGCCACAUGUUAGCCUCGAAAAUUGCAUCUCUUGGCGACGGUCCCACCAGAGGUCUCUUCGCCAAUGACGCUGCUACCACCGAGGACGCCAACAGUGUGGAACUGCAACAUCUCUUUUAUGGCAACAAUUCGCAUUCACAAAGGCCCAUACCGGCCGCCUAUCUGGCAGAGCACAUCGUCAAGCUGAGUGCCGACGACAAUCGACUCUUCUCCCAGGAAUACGAGUCCAUUGAUCCCGGUCACCAAUUCACCUGGGAGAACUCGAACUUGGAGGUGAAUAAGGCGAAGAAUCGCUAUGCCAAUGUUGUCGCCUACGAUCACUCUCGUGUCAUUUUGAGGGCCCUCGAAGGCGUUCCCGGUUCGGACUACAUCAAUGCAAAUUACAUUGAUGGAUAUAAAAAGCCCAACUGUUACAUUGCCACACAGGGUCCCCUGCCGGAGACCUACUCGGAUUUCUGGCGCAUGAUCUGGGAGCAACGUGUGUCUAUCAUCGUCAUGAUGACCCGUUUGGAGGAGCGAGCUCGCAUUAAGUGCGAUCAGUACUGGCCUUCUCGGGGAUCCGAGACCUACGCCAAUGGAGCAAUUACUGUCGCUCCACUGCCAAGUCCAGAGGGUAUGAUAGAGCUUGCCUACUUCACCAUCCGCCGUUUUACCAUCGCUCAUUGCAGUGGCAAUGAGGUGAGAGAGGUCACUCACCUCCAAUUCACUAGCUGGCCCGACCAUGGUGUACCCGAUAGUCCACCCAUUCCACUGCUCCUUUUUAUGAGACGAAUCCGACGCGCGGUCACCACACAAGGUAGUCGGGAGUCAGUGUCCCUUAUCACGGGUGGGGCUGCAUCCACAUCCUUGGCUUCCAGUGAUUCGGAUCCAGCGACUUCUGGACCCUUAGUGGUUCACUGCUCCGCUGGUGUGGGCAGAACCGGCGCAUUGAUUGCACUGGAUAUCAUGCACGAUCAGAUGAAGUACGAAAAUGCAGUCGAUGUUCUUGGCUGCGUGACAGCACUGAGAGCCCAACGGAAUUUCAUGGUUCAAACGGAAGAACAGUACAUCUUCGUAUAUGAUGCUCUACUCGAAAUGGCUGAAGGCGGCUAUACUGAAGUUCCGGCCAGAGGUCUCUGUGCUCAGUACAACUCCCUCUUACAACCGGAUGGCAUGGGAUACUGUGGAUUUGACAUUGAAUUUAAGAAACUAGAGGGCUUUUUCCUGCCAAAAGCAAGCUUUACUUCUGCAUUGCUUUCUCCAAAUAAGUGCAAAAACCGUUUCUUCGAAGUUCUGCCCUACGAAAAAUCAAGAGUUGCACUAACACCCCUAAGGGGCGUUGACGGUUCAGACUACAUAAAUGCAAGCUUUGUUGAUAGCUACCGGACACGCAGAGCGUAUAUUGCCACGCAAGGACCGAUGGCUGAAACAUUGGAAGACUUCUGGCGAAUGUGCUGGGAGCACAAUUCGGCCAUCAUUGUCAUGAUUAGCCAAGCGACUGAGCAGGGAAAGGAGCACUCUUACCCCUAUUGGCCGUCAAAACGAUCAGCCAGGUACCAGAACUUUGUAAUUGAUCCUAUGGUGGAAUAUAACAUGCCCACAUACACUCUUCGGGAGUUCAAGGUUACGGAUACGAGAGACGGCAUCUCUCGUACUGUUCGUCAAUUCCAGUACACUGAAUGGCCAGAGGUCGGUGUACCUAGCAACUGUGAGGCAUUUACAAAUUUUAUUACUCAGAUACAUAAAACGAAGGAUCAGUUUGGACAGGAUGGUCCCAUUACCGUUCACUGCAGUUGCGGAUCAGGGCGCACUGGUGUGUUUAUACUCCUUUCGAUUGUUAUUGAUCGUCUGCGUUGUGAGGGUGUUGUAGACAUUCUGCAGACGGUGCGUCUUUUACGAACUCAGCGUCCUGGAAUGAUUCAAUCACCGGAUCAAUUGCAAUUCUGCUACAAGGCCGUACUUGAAUAUAUAUCAUCCUAUGUACGAUAA